GUUUACAACGAAGUAAUACGAUACACCAUCCUCAUCAAAGUAUGCCAUACCAACCUGUGGAAGACGUGCAUUCACCAUUGAAGCGGUUUGUAGAAGCGAAAAAACAGAUCAAUGAUGUAUUUCGACAGAUUGUUUCACAUUUGGAGGAAAGCGUUAAAUUUUUAGAGGAAAUUUCUGAGUCUGUGGAAGUAUCAGGUGACCAUGCCACUGAAGUUCAAGCUCACAAGGUCAAAGUUGAGGGAAUUGGGGAGGUGUUGGCCAGAGACCACAUGAAAGUAGCCUUCUUUGGCAGGACUAGUAGUGGUAAAAGUACAGUGAUUAAUGCCAUGCUGAAAGAUAAAGUAUUACCUACUGGUAUUGGUCACACUACAGAUUGUUUUCUGAGCAUUGAAGGCAGUGAUACGUCUGAAGCUUAUCUCAUCAUACCACAAUCUAACGAACGAAGAAAUGUCCGAAGUGUCUCCCAGUUAGCACAUGCACUGAGUAAUGAGAAAUUAGCAGACCAGAGUAGUCUUAUUCAUGUCUUCUGGCCCAGUAGUAGGUGUGCACUGUUGAAAGACGACCUGGUAUUGGUGGAUAGUCCUGGUGUUGAUGUAACUGCUGACUUAGAUAGUUGGAUUGAUGACCAUUGUCUGGAUGCUGAUGUCUUUGUAUUAGUUGCUAAUGCUGAGUCCACUCUAAUGAGAACUGAAAAAAGUUUUUUCCACAAGGUAGCUGAGAAACUGUCUAAACCUAACAUCUUUAUUUUGAAUAAUCGCUGGGACGCUUCAGCUUCGGAACCAGACUCCAUGGAAGAUGUGAAGAAACAGCAUCUAGAAAGAAGCAUUGGUUUCCUGGUAGAAGAACUGAAAGUGAUUACAAAGCAGCAAGCUGAGGACAGAGUGUUCUUUGUAUCAGCUAAGGAAGCACUGUGUUGUAGAAUACAAAAAGUACAAGGAAUGCCUGAAGCGGGUGAGUGUAAACCUUGUCGUGUCGUCACAGUCUCCAGUGCAUUAAUUGAUGAAAUUCGUAGAUUGUCGAUACUUGUUGAUGAAUUUGAUAAACCUUUCCAUCCUGAUGCAUUGGUAGUCAAACAUUACAAAGACGAAUUACAGAACCAUAUUGAGGAAGGUAUUGGACGUAAUAUCUCUGCAAGGUGCUCUAAUGAUUUAACAUUGUCAGUAUCAGUGGCAGGCAAAGAAAUGAAAGAACGACUGAGUGCACUACUACCAGAAGAACACAAAUCAGUGGAUAUCAUUUUCCCACGCAGUGACUUUGACCUGAGUUAUCGUCUUGAUUGUCGUCAUCUUUGUGGCGAUUUUAAAGAAGACUUGGAGUUCAAAUUCUCUCUUGGCUGGACGGCACUAGUGAAUAGAUUCUUGGGACCUAAAAAUGCUAAACUAGCCUUAAUGGGGUUAGAUCACGUGAUGCCCAAACCUGCAUCUACUGUGCCAUAUUCAUCUUCUCCAGAAGACAUUAUAGAAGCCAGAAAUCAAGAUGAUUUAGCUGUCUCUGUAAUGACUGGAUUGGCUGCACUCACAUCACAGACAUCCAUGGGGUUGAUCGUUAUUGCUGGAAUUGUUUGGAAGGCAGUGGGAUGGCGUCUGCUAGCUGUUGGGUGUGGACUGUAUGGUGCUGUGUAUUUCUACGAAAGACUAACUUGGACCAACAAAGCUAAACAAAGAAAAUUCAAAAAACAGUUUGUGGAAUAUGCCACCGAAAGGCUGCAGUUGGUUGUCAAUUUUACAAGUUCUAAUUGUAGUCACCAAGUACAACAAGAGUUGUCAUCCGGUUUUGCACAGUUAUGUCAUCAAAUCGAUAUUGCUAAAGAUGAUCUGAAACAACAAAUACAGUGUCUAGAUAACGAAGUGGGAAGACAAGAAAGAAUUCAGAAUGAUGCCAAAUUGUUAAGAAACAAAGCUGGUUGGUUGGAAAAUGAACUGAACUCAUUCAUCAACCAAUAUCUUGAGUGUUCACCAUAGCGACCUGCUGUACUGUUAAACAGAGCUCCCUAACUGUGUCUUGUACAGCAACAUGGCUUCCUAACUGCCUAACUGACUCCUCACUUCGUGGAUGUUGAGGUGUUGACAAAUAAUACAUGUAUACUAAGUAGGAUAAUAUGCAGCUACACAAUUACUAAUGAAUAGUUUUAGUAUCAAUGAAAUACCAGUUACUAUAUUAAAUUAAUUAUUACAAUACAAAACUUUUAAAGCAUGCCUGUUUAGUUUGGGGUAUUCAACUGUGUAUCCCCUUUCAACAUCUGUAUCCGAGUAAA